UUAAAAUGUCAUUCUAGAACCUAGAUCGUUUUUGUUAUUAAACAUAAAAUAACCUAUGCGGCAUUUUAAAAUGUUGUUGAUAGUACAAAAUAAAGGAUUAUAUUAACAUUUCAUGCUCUUUGCAUUUCAUUUUAUGUCUAUUCCAAUCACAUAACUUAAGUGUAUGCAUCAAAGUCAUCAAAAUGCAGCAAACGCCGAAACCAAGAAAAGAAAAAACUGCCGACAAUAUUCGACCAUAUAAAUUAGCCCAUCAAAUAUUAAGUUUAACCGGCAUCAGUUUUGAACGUAAAAGUAUCAUUGGUUUUGUUGAAUUAACAAUCGUGCCGCUACGUGAUAAUUUAAGACACAUUAAACUCAAUGCGAAACAAUGUCGUGUGUAUAGAAUAUCAUUAAACGAAACAUAUGAAGCUCCAUUUCAAUAUUUUGAUCCCUUUUUGGAUAUUUGUCAAGGAGAUACUAAAACACGAUCUCUUGAUUUUUUCUCAAAUCAUCACCUUUCCGCUGCUCUAAAAGUUGAUCCAGAUAAUAAUGCUGGGGAAUUAUUAGUAACUAUACCCCCGGAAGCAUCUCAUAUAGUUGCAGAAGGACGUGGUUUACGGAUUGGUAUAGAAUUUUCUCUAGAACAGCCACAAGGAGGAGUACAUUUUGUGGUUCCAGAAUGUGAAGGAACUUUAGUUGAGAGAGCAGCGCAUAUGUUUACAUAUACACAUGGAAAUUCGUCACGAUUAUGGUUUCCAUGUGUUGAUAGCUAUGCUGAACCUUGUACGUGGAAAUUAGAAUUUACUGUUGAUGACAGUAUGACAGCUGUAUCAUGUGGUGAUUUAAUUGAAGUUGUCUACACGCCUGAUCUACGUCGUAAAACUUUCCAUUAUACUGUGAAUGUACCAGUUUGUGCUCCAAAUAUCGCUUUGGCUGUAGGACCUUUCGAAAUAUACGUGGAUCCAUUUAUGCAUGAAGUCACACACUUCUGUCUUCCACAAUUAUUACCAUUAUUAAAAGUAACAACAAGAUAUAUGCACGAAGCAUUCGAAUUUUAUGAAGAAACUUUAGCCAAUCGAUAUCCGUUUUCAUGUUAUAAACAAGUAUUUGUAGAUGAAGUGGAACAAGACAUAUCUGCAUAUGCCACAAUGACUGUUUUUAGUACAAAUUUACUUCAUUCCGCAGCUAUUAUCGAUCAACAAUACAUAUCGCGUAAAGCGAUGGCUUUAGCUAUUGCCGAACAAUUUUUUAGUUGUUUUAUAACAAUACAAAAUUGGUCCGAUAUUUGGCUACCAAAAGGUAUUGCAUUAUAUUUAUGUGGUUUAUAUGCAAAAAAAUGUUUUGGUAACAAUGAAUACCGAGAAUGGAUUCAACAGGAAUUACAAGAGGUAGUUAAAUAUGAAGAAAAAUUUGGUGGUAUUAUAUUAGAUCCCAGUCAGGCACCGGCACCGUUGCCAACGACGUUAAAUCAACCAUCAGUUGCACAAAAACCAGCUGAUUCGAGUUUUUACUUUCCUAUAAGAAAUUUCCAUACAAUGUCUCCAAAAUACGUGGAAAUUAUGCAUAAAAAAUCACAUCUUGUUAUUCGUAUGUUAGAACAUCGGAUUGGACAAGAAUUACUGUUGCAAGUAUUUAAUAAACAACUGUCUUUAGCGGUAAAUGCUGCUUCGCAAAAAAUUGGCAGUGGCUUGUGGAGUCAUAUGUUAAUCAGCACUAACGUAUUCACAAAAGCAAUAUUCACGGUAACAGGAAAAGAUAUGGCUGUAUUUAUCGAUCAAUGGGUUCGUACUGGCGGACAUGCAAGAUUUCAUUUGAGUUCCGUUUUUAAUCGAAAAAGAAACACUGUGGAAUUGGAAAUUCGACAAGAUGCAACAACUCAGUGUGGAAUAAGAAAAUAUGUGGGACCACUGUUAGUCACCAUACAGGAAUUGGAUGGCACAUUUAAACAUACACUUCAAAUUGAAAAUACGGUUGUUAAAGCUGAUAUUACUUGCCAUUCAAAAAGUAGAAGAAAUAAAAAGAAAAAAAUUCCUUUGUGUACAGGAGAAGAAGUUGAUAUGGAUUUAAGUGCAAUGGAUGAUUCGCCGGUUUUAUGGAUACGCCUCGAUCCUGAAAUGACAUUAUUACGUUCGACCAUCAUUGAACAAGCUGAUUAUCAUUGGCAAUAUCAGUUACGACAUGAACGUGAUGUUACCGCACAAAUGGAAGCAAUCGCAGCUUUAGAACGGUAUCCAACACCAGCCACGAGAUUAGCAUUAACAGAUACAAUUGAAAAUGAACAAUGUUUUUAUAAAGUUCGAUGUCGAGCUGCACGAUGUUUAACAAAGGUUGCAAACACUAUGGUAUCUAAUUGGGCAGGUCCUCCAGCUAUGUUAGCAAUUUUUAGAAAAUUAUUUGGUUCAUUCUCAUGCCCUCAUAUAAUACGACAAAAUAAUUUUACAAAUUUUCAACAUUAUUUUCUACAAAAAACAAUUCCAUUAGCUAUGGCUGGACUAAGAAAUGCACAUGGCAUUUGUCCACCCGAAGUGAUACGAUUUUUACUCGAUUUAUUUAAAUAUAAUGACAAUAGCAAAAAUCGCUAUUCUGAUAAUUAUUAUCGUGCAAUGUUAGUUGAAGCAUUAGGUGAAACAGUAACACCAGUUGUAUCUGUUGUACAACCUGGUACAGCAAAUACUGCUGAAUCACUUAGCGCUGAUACGAAAUUAGUAUUAGAAGAAGUGACGAGAAUAUUAAAUUUGGAGAAAAUGUUGCCAUGUUAUAAAUAUACAGUAACUGUUGCAUGUUUAUAUGCAAUUCGUAAAUUACAAAAAUUCGGACAUUUGCCAAGUAGUGCAAAUUUAUUUAAAAAUUAUGCCGAGUAUGGACAAUUUGUUGAUGUACGAAUUGCUGCUUUAGAAUGUUUGGUUGAUUUUGUUCGAGUGGAUGGACGUUGGAAUGAUUUAUCAGAUCUUUUAGACAUUGUUGAAAAUGAUCCUGAUCCAGGUGUACGUCAUCGACUUGCUCGAUUUUUGAUUGAACAACCACCUUUUGAUAGAGCACAUCGUCAACGUUUAGACCGUGAAGAAUUAGUUCACAGAAUUUGGAAUAAUAUUAAUGGGAUGUUGUCACACGAUACAAAGCUACGUUGUGAUUUAGUUGAUUUGUAUUAUACGCUCUAUGGUACAAAGCGACCAGUUUGCUUACCUGUACCAGAAUUGGCUUCGUUAAUUAAGCCACAAAAAGUGGAACAACAUGAACCUAAACCAGUUAUACCCCGGCCACAGCCAGUACCAACAUCUAAUAUUGUAAGAGAGGUAGAAAAGGCAAUAAAGCGACGAGCUGAAUCACCAUUGUUGGAAAUUCAACAAAUUCCACAACAAAUACAUAACGUAUAUACCGAUGACAAAGUUGAAAUAACCGCUUUAGAUAUAGUUUCUGCAAAUGAACCCCAUAAAGUAAAAGUUAAGGAAGAAAACAUGCAACAAAGUAUGUCUAUUCAAAGAAUUUUACCACAAUCAACGCAAGUUGUGGCAACACCAGUAAAACAAGAAUACUUUUCUGAUAAUUCGGCAUCAUUACCCGGAAUUAUGGGACAGUCAGGUCCUGUUGGUUUCGAACCAGGAAUGUUCCAAAAACAACAAACAGAUAUGAAACAUCAUAAAGAUAAAAAUGAUCCAACAAAGAAAAAUAAAAAGAAGAAGGAUAAGAAAAAACAUAAACAUAAACACAAACAUAAGCAUGAUCAUAAACACAAUAAAGAGAAAGAAGGUAAAGAAGGGAAAGAAAAAAUUAAAAAAGAACAAAAAGAUGUAACUACAGAUUCUAAUAAAUCAUCUAAAAUAAAAGAAGAAACUUUAAGUUCUCUAAGUUCUACGCCCAGCCCUGCGUCUGUUACGAAAGAAGUGUUGUAAUAUAUGUGAUUUAAUUGAAGCACAGAGUAGAACUAAAAUAUCUAUCAUAGAUUUAUAUUAAAUUUAGACCACCCAAUAAAUAUUAUCCUGUGUGUUAUAAUUAUAUCUCUUAUGUUACAAAAAUUGUCCUCGUCGUUUAUUUGUAUCAUAAAAAUAUAGCUAAAGUUUGUCAUAUCAAGCAUGGAGACUACACAAAGGGAUCGAACUCCAUGUAACCAAAUGACUGUCACAAAUAUGAUGUAAGUAGUGAUCCUUUUGCAUCGGGAUAGUGCAAAAGGAGUGCAGAACGAGUGUAAGGCGCGAGUUUGGUUUAGAAAAUAUAACGCAUUUAUGUAAUAUUUCUUUCUUAUGUUCAUAUAUUUUUGUAUUUAUUUCGUGCAAUGCACUUUGGCGUAAAAAGAAGACUAACGACACUAGAGAUACAAAUAAUUCGAUCUCCUUGUGUAGUCUCCAUGAUAUCUACAUUCAACCGAGUUCUAUGUUUUAAUAUAAGUUUGUGAUAGGUGUGAACGAAUCAAAUAAAUGAUUUUAUGAGAAAUGAGUUUGAUCAUUAAAUAAAUACAUAUAGAUAUUUAAAGUUUUCCAAAAAUCAACACAAGACAUUGGUAACAAUCCGCGAACUUGAGAUUUUGUUGCAAAAUAGUUCAAGCAAAAACUUAAGUUGUUAUUUACAUAUAUAUAUAAAUAGUUUGACUUAUAAUUAAUUUUAAAUACAGGAUAAUUAACUUGCGUAAAUUGCUUUUACUAUGUCAUUUACGGCAUGUUUGGAUCACUUGAGACUAUCAAGAAAAACUAUCCCCGCGUUGUUAAAACUUAAACAACAGAUCAUGAUUGUAUUCUAUAAAAAUAACAAAUCUAAUGACUUAAGCUAUGAAUAAAUUUUUUUCAAACUAUUUUUUAAGCAAAAAAAAAAAAAGAUGUUUCAAUCCUAAAUGGCUUGAACCCUUAACCUAAAUAAUCUUUAAAAUAGCACGUGCCCCAAUUAUCACGCUUUAAACAAGACAUCCUGUACAAGGAAAUCAAAAUAGAUUAAAUGCUAAAAUGAUAAUGUAAAUUUUUCCUUAGAGUUUCGAUGGGUUUUGUGUUGGUUUGAAGAAGUUAUAAUUAUAAUAUUGUAAUCAUAUUCAAAUAAAAAUGUUAAU